AUGGCAGCUAGCAGCUCUGAGGUCUCUGAGAUUAAGGGGGUAGAGGAGGGUCCCCAGACCCAGGGAGAAGGGCCUGGCCAUUCUGAAGGCCAAACUGGCUCUCCCCAGGUCCCAGGUGGGGUCUCAGAUGAGCCAGAGACCCUGCAGCCAGGCCCAGACGUCAUGGGGGCCCCUGUGGACUCAGAGCCCAAGGUUGGGCUGGCUCCAGAAACCACAGAAACCCCAACUGGGGCCCCUGAAGCAGCUCAGGCCAGAGACCUCAGCUCAAGCCCAGGAGGGGAAGCAAAGGCCAACUCCAGCACUGAAGAAACAUGCCAAGAGCUAGCAUCCAAACCCGAAGUGAGCAAAGAGGCCACUGCAGACCCGGAAUCCAACCUGGAAUCCGCAGCCCCGCUUAAGCCAGCCUCAGAGCCUGCCCCCCAGCCAGAACCCCAGUCAGAGCCCCAGCCAGAGCCCCAGUCAGCCUCCCAGUCCACCUCCACACCAGCCCUUCAGCCAGAGCCCCCUACCAAGGAGGAGCCCACCUCUGAGAUCCUGAGCGAGAGCAUGGGAGAAAAGCAGGAGAAUGGGGCAGUGGUUCCUCUGCAGGCUGGUGAUGGGGAUGGGGAAGAGGGUCCAGCCCCCCAGCCUCACUCAUCACCCUCCACAAAGACCCCCCCAGCCAAUGGGGCCCCACCCCGUGUGCUGCAGCAGCUGGUGGAGGAGGAUCGACUAGGAAGGGCUCACAGUGGGCAUUCAGGAUCUCCCCGAGGAAGCCUGAGCCGCCACCCUAGCUCCCAGCUCGCAGGGUCUGGGGUGGAGGGGGGUGAAGGCACCCAGAAACCUCGGGACUACAUCAUCCUCGCCAUCCUGUCCUGCUUCUGCCCCAUGUGGCCUGUCAACAUCGUGGCCUUCGCUUAUGCCGUCAUGUCCCGAAACAGCCUGCAACAGGGGGACGUGGAUGGGGCCCAGCGUCUGGGUCGCGUGGCCAAGCUCUUAAGCAUCGUGGCACUGGUAGGGGGGAUCCUCAUCAUUAUCGCCUCCUGCGUCAUCAACUUAGGCGGUGAGUGGGGGUCUGGGACAGGCCGGGAGGAAUGGAAGGGCUGGCAAGGGCGGCUUUACUAA